UUCCAAGCUCGCAUCUUGCAUCUAUCGGGUUAAUUUUUUUCCUCUCUCGCUGCGAAGCCCUACCCCUUUUACUCGGUGUGAUAUAAUGUCAUAUGAUGCUCAUAUCUUUCUCCUUUCUUUACCUAAACAUUUCCCCACUUGUGGUUUGCUUUCUGGUCCCUUUCUGUGCGCCGUGUGACCGAAGGUGUGGCAUCGCAAGGAGUUCGAGUCACUGCCGGCGACCCGUCGCUGGCAGAACCGGGGACGCCGACGUUGGAGCGGGAGCACAUCCACCGCAACACUUAAAUCGGUUCUGCCAGUACACGCUCGGAAACCGGCAUGACGGUGCAAUGACUAAACAGCUCAGGCGAAAAAUUCAUGGUGGUAUAAUCAGUGUCGGCUUGUACUGAGUCGCAGAGGGUGUAAUGAGGGGGGCAGCAGCGGGCACGGCGGAGUGCUGAUCGGCGGCGGGCUCAGCCGAAGCGGACCAGUGAUCAUCGCUGUCCACUCUCCUCCACGGGACCUGACAGCAAGAUUUCAUUUCAUCCCGUAGCUUCCACGGCCAUAAGCCGUGUCUUGGCCGAGGAAAAAUGGGGAAGUGUACCGGGAGGUGCACGCUGGUGGUCAUCUGUUCUUUCCAACUGGUCGCUGCUUUGGAGAGGCAGGUGUUUGACUUUUUGGGGUACCAGUGGGCACCCAUCCUGGCCAAUUUCCUGCACAUCAUGGCUGUCAUCUUGGGCAUCUUUGGCACCGUGCAGUUUCGCUCUCGCUACCUCAUUCUGUAUGCAGUGUGGCUGGUCCUCUGGGUCGGCUGGAACUCUUUCAUCAUUUGCUUCUACCUGGAGGUAGGACACUUGUCCCAGGACAGGGACUUCCUCAUGACAUUUAACACAUCCCUGCACCGGUCCUGGUGGAUGGAAAAUGGGCCAGGCUGCUUGGUCACCCUGGUGCCCAACUCUCCCCUAGCCCCAGAUGACCACCAUGUCAUCACCGUCUCCGGCUGCCUGCUAGACUACCAGUACAUCGAGGUGGUCAGCUCCGCCCUGCAGGUCUUCUUGGCACUCUUCGGAUUUGUCUAUGCCUGUUACGUCAGCAAGGUGUUCCUGGAAGAUGAGGACAGCUUUGACUUCAUUGGCGGUUUUGACUCGUAUGGCUACCAGCCACCACAGAAGGCGUCGCAUCUCCAACUGCAGCCCCUGUACACGUCAGUACCCCCCCACGUCUCCGUUUACCAGCGUCCCAAACGGUUCUCUGUAGCAGUAUUGUAUAAGGAAAACAGAAUCCCUGCAAGGUAGGCGAGGUCAGCAGCCCAAAGGGAGGAAAGAGGAGGAUCACUGAUGAUCAAGAGGCUUCUGUCUGAGGCGGAGCACAGCAUGGUCUUCGGAAAGUUGUCUUUUGUAGAGAUGUCUUCAUUUCUGUAUAGCCUCUGAUUCAAACUGUGGGGUGCGGAGAAAAAAAAAAAACUGUCUCAAAGAGCCCCCUGCUGGCAGGUGCGACUAACUGCAGUAUUGACUUACUGACUGGACAGUGCAUAUGGCCGGUGACCAAACCAAGAACCAAAAUGGGCCCAGUCACCCUUCUUUAACUGUGAAGAUGUGUGCACUUUUGGUAUUUUUUCCUCACUUUGUGGUCGAGGUUGAGUGUGGGGCCGAGGGGCAGUUGGCAGGGGCGUCGUGCACCGUGGGCCGGGCUUGCCGUAGCGUAGCCCCUCCCCCUCUGAAAGUGCAGCAGCUUUCCUGUCCCCUGUGCGGUUUUUAAAAAAUCUGAAAUGUGGGGAUGGAGUUUGAAAUGAUUCGGUUCGUUCCACACUAAGGAUCGGGAACCUCACUGCAUAGAUUUGCCCCUAAUUGUCCCGUGAGCAUAUCCAGUGGCAUCCAGAAGAUGCUGACUGUGAUGGUUACAGUGGCUGAACAGGAGAGCUCAGUCUGACCACCUCAGACGCAACUGUGUGGCCUGCAAAUAUCAGCGAUGGCCAGAGGGGGGGGCCGAGAAGCUGGCUGAGAGGCGUCCCCAGUGCCUCCCCGCCAGUCCAAGGGCCCUGCCUCUAUUCCAGAUGGCGGCGGUUGCCCUGCGUGGGCCACCCACCCGCGCCAGGAUGGUCCUGCGGAGUGUCUGUGCAGGUGGGCCUGUGACAUGGUGGGCAACUGGCCAUUACCCCACCAAUCAGGCGCUGACAUUCAACUUGCACCCAUCAUCCCGCCUGCACAUGCUCAGUGACCUCUCCGUCCACUUUAUAUAAACUAGAUUGGUGAAUAGUGUUUCUAAGGAAAAUUAUGUAGGUUUUGUGUGCAUGUAAAUAUUAACCUGCCCUAUUUGCCCCACCCCCACUAAUCUCCAAAAAUGUCUUGCCCCCUUUCUGUUGUCAGAAUGCCUCUUGGCCUCAUUCCACACCUCUCUCUCUUCCCAGCAGCUCCCUUUCUCACUAUAUUUCCAUCUGUCCUGUUAACACAGAAUUCCUUCACUUUGUGGCUCUGAUAUUUUCUCACUUUUCCCCCUCCCAGAGGCUGGCGGGGAGGUGCACUGGGGGCCUCUGUCACACGCAGACUCCCUUCUGUCUCUCACAUUAACCUGCAGUGCAUCUCCCUCGUUCAUGUGUCACAGCUGCUGGUUUGUGUGUGCGAGUGUGUGUGAGUGUGUGUGUGCAUACUCAUUUUUAACAAGGUGUCAAAGGACACAACCCUUAUAUACUACUUAUGGCGGGGGUGGGGGGGUUCGGUUUUUGGGAA